AUGUCUUCUACCGAACAAGGAACGUCUUCUGCUUCCCCUGCUGAACCAACCACUGCCCCAGAAUCUGUUGCUGCUCCAGAAGCCCCCGAAUCGUUCUACUACGUUCACGGCAAAGACAAGGUCGUCAUCAAAGUCAGUGCUGGCGCCCUUCAACACUCUGCCCUGAUCGAUGGAAUGAUUUCCAACCUCGGCUACACUGAGGAACAAGCCAAAGCCAACCCAUUCCCAUUCGACAACAUUGACGGAGACAUUCUCAAGAUCGCAGUGGAAAGAUACAAGCCUCCAAAACAGGUCAACGUUCCAGAAUGGGAUCAGAAGUUCUUGGAGGGAAUUGAUAAGGAUGGGAAAUUGUUUGACUUGGUCAUUGCUGUUAAUUAUUUGGAGAUCAAGGAGUUGCUGACCUAUUGCUGCAAGCAGGUGGCCAUGAUGAUUAAAGGGAAGUCUCCAGAAGAGAUUCGCGAGAUUUAUAUGAUUCCAACUGAUGAGGAGGAUGCGGCGGCUGAGAAGGAGGCCAAGGAGAGGGCCAAGAAAGAGGCUGCUGGAGAGACUGCUGCUGCUGGAGAAGGAGAAGCACCAUCUACAUCCGAUGCCAAAUAA